UGAUUGGACAUUGGACGAUUGUUCGCGACUGACGUCCGAGAACUCCGAGACUGCAUCUGCAUCGAAGCGUUAUCCGCCAUUACUUCAAGAGCACUUUCGACAUCCGGUCGGUUUUUUUUCUAUCGUGUGUUCUGGUGGUUCUGCUGUCUCUCGCCCGGGAAAGAAUGGACCCCGACGAAUUUGAGGCUGUUCCCUUUGUGGUUAGGAACGCUGAUGCCCUUGGCGCCGAUUUUGCUGCGGAACUCCUCCGCCUGAAAUUGAUGGCGGACAGAUUCGGCCUCGCAGUGCCUUGCUUGAUGACGACUCUGUCGUGGCUUUAUUUGGUUCGUGGAACCACAAGCACCUCGUGUUCAUCGGCGGCCCUGGCAACUCAAAGGCCGCCUACAAAAACAUGAUCUUGGAUAAGAUCCUGGAGUCUUCGCUGCUCUUUGAACAGCGUCAUGCAGGAGGCCCGCAUGAUGGAAUGGACACACUUCAGCUGGAAAUCAUGAGGGCCGACUGCAGGAACAGUGUCAGUCGAAGGAUGAUUCUUAUCCUAAUGGACGCUCUUCGUGUUCCAUUCUCAAUCACGGAAGACAAGGACGUGCUGCGUGAGAGAGCAAACGCACUCAUGAUUGCUCUGAGUACCAACACCUCAUCGCGCAGUACGGGCUUCCUCCUCCUGCGCCUCCCAUGCCUGCUGUGGUGGCGGCUGUCCAAGGUGCUGGACCAGCCGUUGGACCAGGAGGUGAUGCCCAGCAUGUGGGUGCAGCUGAUGAGCAAAUCUAGUUUUCCCUUUGUAAAGUGCUAUUUUUAACUUUGUGGCCUGGUGACUUUGAAGUUGCCUGUUAAAAAAAAUUACCUUCUAAGUUGAUGUGACGGAUUAAAUUUGAAUGAUGAUGCUUCUU